AUGCCGCAAGGCUUAGCGCUGCGAGGACAAAUGGAAAUGGUCGACAAGAAGCAGAGAGAGCCACACGAUUACGUUGAAUUGGAAGAAAGUUGGACUGGUGAAGGCAAUCAUUACGAGAAUGAUGAGCCACCACAGCAGCAAAGUGCAAGAAUGACUGCAGGUAUGAGAGAACGAAUACUUCAUUAUGCCACGUACGUUCAACGUCGUGGCCUCUCUAAAGAGGAAAUCAAGGACCUGGAACUACUAGUGACUAUUAUUUCGGGAACAAGCAGCUCACUAUUAUCGUACGAAAGAGAUGUGAAGCCGUUUCUUGAUAGCACUUUGGAGGAAUACAACACUCGUCGCUACUACUUUUGUAGCACGUGCGAAGAAGCAAUGGAUGGACCACACAGCUUAUGCAGAAACGUCGACUGCAACCUCUACAAGUACAUCAGAUGGUGUCUAAUUACACACGACGACGAGGACCGCGGAGAUAUCCGGCUCUACGAAGGAUAUUACGAGAACAUCGAGAAUUCGAACGAGUUCGCAAGAAAAGAACUGAAGAUCCUCCUCUCACUGUCCACCGAUGGUUUUCGUCCUAGAAGACUUUCGAAGCGUGAAGUUUGGCCUUUGUACAUACGCGUUGAAGGUUUGCCUCAGGCUGAGGCAAAUGAUUUUUACAACUCGAUCUUAUCCGGUGUGAUAUACAACCGCCUGAAGCCGUCUGACAGAAUGGUUGAGACAUUAUUUCUCAGGUUGGAAUCAGAACUGCAUGACCUUCACGAAUCCCCCUUCCAAUUACAAGUUGGCGAGGAGCUGUGGAACAUAAAGAUAGCGCUGUAUCGGGGAAUCGCUGAUAUGCCUGUAUGCACAUAG